UAAUCUUCUCCCUGAGUUUAGGAGCCAUCCUCACGUACAUAAAUUCAGUGUGGAGACCGUCCAGUGGUAUCCUCAUGACACCGGCAUGUUUACAUCCAGCUCAUUUGAUAAAACUUUGAAAAUAUGGGAUACAAAUACUUUACAACCUGCAGAUGUAUUUCACUUUGAGGGGACAGUCUAUAGCCACCACAUGUCUCCAGUUGCUACAAAGCAUUCUUUAAUAGCAGUUGGUACCAAAAGCCCCAAAGUACAGCUCUGUGACUUGAAGUCUGGAUCUUGUUCUCACAUUCUGCAGGGUCACAGGCAAGAAGUGCUGGCAGUGUCUUGGUCCCCACGUCAGGAGUAUGUUUUGGCAACAGCAAGUGCUGACAGUAGAGUAAAAUUAUGGGAUGUGAGGAGAGCGUCAGGAUGCCUGAGUACACUUGAUCAGCACAAUGGAGAAAAGUCCAAAGCGUCUUCUGAGGCAGCAAGCACUGCCCACAAUGGAAGAGUUAAUGGUUUAUGCUAUACAAAUGAUGGACUUUAUCUGUUGACCAUCGGUACAGAUGACCGCAUGCGACUCUGGAACAGCUCCACUGGAGAAAACACAUUAGUGAAUUAUGGGAAAGUCUGUAAUGAAAGUAGGAAAGGACUCAAAUUUGCCACCUCUUGUGACUGUAAUCCAGAGUUUGCCUUUGUACCAUAUGACAGUACGAUUGCCGUUUAUACGAUUUUUACAGGAGAGCUGGUAACUAUGCUUAGAGGGCAUUAUAGUACUGUUGACUGCUGUGUGUUUCAACCUAAUUUUCAGGAACUUUAUAGUGGUAGCAAAGAUUGCACUAUCCUUGCAUGGAUACCAGCUCUUCGAGAACCACUUCCUGAUGACGUUUCUGAAAAGUCUCUGCCUCAACAGCACUUAAAUCCAGCAUAUGAAGACGCAUGGAGCAGCAGUGAUGAUGAAGGCUGAAUUUCAGUUAUGGGCUGAUAUGAAAUUGAUGUUCAGGCACUGCCUUCGCAGAUUUUAUCUACAGAAUUGGAUAUUGUCGGAUUUAUUACGACUGGACUUUUGGUACAGUUCUGUCAGAGCAAAGUCUUUCAGAAAUAAGUUUCCACUGUUCUCUGUGUUCUUUUUUCACUGUUGCAGUUAAAUGUAAAUGAUUCCUUUUUCAUACUGACUUUUUUACUUGCCCUUAUGCAUUGGUGUAGUUUAUUCAGUGUUGAACAGCUGACAAAUUUAAAAUAAAAGCUCUUUGAACCA